GCAGUGACAGCAGCAGCAGUGGCAGCAGCAGCGACGGCGGCAGCAGCAGCAGCGGCGGCAGCAGCAGAGGCAACGGUCGAACCCAAGGCAGUGUUGCCCACUUUAAAAAGAAAGAGCAUCACCACCCCAGACAGGCAACUUAACGGAAUCUCUGGAGAUAAAUGAGCAUUGCGGCGCGGACAAAGCGAGAGUGAAAGAGGACGCGCGUCUCGUGCCGGGGAAGAUUUUUUUUUUAUUUUCUUCGUUUGUUUGAAAACGCGACUAUCAUUUUGCCAUCGAAUAACUUGACAGACGAAAGAGGGAGAAGGCGGGGAGAUUGGAGAAAUGCUUCUUCUUAAGACAGGCGCCCCGACGAACGGAGGAAGCACAUCAGCAUCAUCAUCAUCAUCAUCGCCGUCGUCGUCAUCAUAACAACACACCCCAACGGCACUCAGUGACGCGCCAGCCAUCCAGACUCACCGACACCCCAGCGAGGAGCAAGCAGCAGCAGCUGCCGUCACCCCCACACAGAGUCCGCGCGCUACCUCGGACAGACCAGGGGACUGGCGGUGGGUGGGUGGCUGGGUUGGGGCCCCCGUUGUUGGAAGGUGGUUUGCGGACACGUGGCAAAGUGAACUGACGUUCGCGCGCGCAAAAAGGAUUACAACGACAUCGCCAACUCUCUCUCUCUACUCACCCCGCGCCCGCGCCCCCGCCGAGUGCGUACGAAGGCUGUUCAGAGAGGCGUGAAGUGGGGAGAGGGGGGGGGGCAGUGCAGCGCCGUUUGGGAAUACUUAUCGGAGCACAAGUUGCAAAGAGGGGGCGGGGGGGGGGUGGUGAAAUCGUCACGGAGCAUCACGCGCGACUCCGGCCGCAUUUGUCUCCUUGAGAGACCGAUGCUCGGGCAACGCGGGGGCGACUGAUUGUAUUUCUGUGGGGAAGCUCGAUUGAGUCGACGAGUCGAGCGAGCCUGCCAAGGGGAGGAGGCGACAGAGGCACGCAACGCGGACAGGACGCGGCUUUUGCGAACGAUGCCUGAAUUUGCGCCCUCUACCGAGCGCGCGUGGAAUGAUCUUCACCACCACCAUCAUCAUCUUCAUCACCAUCAUCAAGAUCGGCCGCACGCUCCCCGACGCGCCAGCGAGCCGCUGGCGGCCAGCGAGCCCCAUCACAACCACCACCACCACCACCAGACUCACACGCAACAGCCGCAGAGAGCGAAGCAAUCGCGACCGGCGAACCUGCAGCAAGAGAAACGUCAGCGCUGGUUGCACCACCACCACCAGCACCACCAGCAGCAGCAGAGUCAGCCAGCAGAGAGGGGGGAGGAGGAGGAGGAGGGAGAGGCUGAGAGCAGAGGCGGCUCGCCUCGCGGUUGCUCCAGCGAGAUCGCGGAGUCAGAUGGCGGGCAGGAGACGACUUGGGACGACACGGGAGAUAGGGAGGGCCGAGUUGCUUUGGCUCAGAGCGACGGCAGAGACAGUCGCGCCGCGGCUGGAGAAAGGAUUUCUGUUGCAGCAGCAGCAGCAGCAGCGGCGGCGGCGGCAGCUUCGGCCAGUGCACGGGGAGCUGAGGGCGACAGCGACGAUCUGGGAAGCAGCAUCGAGCAGCAGCAGCAGCAGCAGCACCGGAGCAUUGAAUUUGUAUCCACAGCCUCUCCGUCUUCGCCGACUGCAGGCGACUCGGCGACAACUGUUGCAGCGACUGCAGCAGCAGCAGCGGCAGCGGCAGCAGCAGCGGCGGCUGCGGCUGCGGCGUCGGCGACUCUGCCACCGGUGUGUGAAGACAGAGGUUUUGCCAGCCAGGGCCCGGCAAGACCGCAGCAGCAGCAGCAGCAGCGGAGGACCGUUCGGAGGGCACACUCGGCGGGCGAGAGAGCGACCGAAAGCUUCUGCUCGGAGUCACCCAUGGAAGAAUUAGACUACAAUACGAUGGUCAUGCGGGUCGGCAUACCAGACCUGCAGCAAAUGAAGUGCCUCAGAUUCAACCCGAACGCGACCAUCUGGGUGGCCAAGCAGCGCAUUCUGUGCACGCUCACCCAGAGCCUGAAGGAUGUCCUGAACUACGGCCUCUUCCAGCCGGCCUACAACGGGCGGGAGGGAAAGUUUCUGGACGAGGAGCGGCUGCUGCGCGAAUACCCGCAGCCGGUGCACACGGGAAUCCCGUACCUCGAGUUCCGCUACAAGAGACGGCUGUACAGAAACUACAUCGAUGAAAGACAACUCUCGAAACUCCACACGAAGGUGAACCUUCGGAAGUUCAUGGGCUACGUACAACACCUGUCGAUAGAGAAAAUCAAGAAGAUGGUUGACCGAGGACUGGACCCAAAUUUUCACGACCCUGACAGUGGUGAGUCUCCGCUCACCCUCGCCGCACAGCUGUGCAACAGCUCGGACGCGAUCCGCACCCUGAAGACCGGCGGCGCUCACCUGGACUACCGAGCACGCGACGGGCUGACGGCCCUCCACAAGGCCGCCAGGGCCACCAACCCCGUCGCUCUCAUGGCGCUGAUGGACCUGGGAGCGUCGCCCGACUACAAGGACAACCACGGACUGACGGCGCUCUACCACACCGCGAUGGUGGGAGGCGACCCCUACUGCUGCGAGCUGCUCUUGCACGAGCACGCGUCCAUCGGCUGUACCGACGAGAACGGGUGGCACGAGAUUCACCAGGCUUGCCGCUACGGCCACGUGCAGCACCUGGAGCACCUGCUCUUCUACGGCGCAGACAUGUUGGCGCAGAACGCCUCCGGGAACACCGCGCUGCACGUGUGUGCUCUGUAUAACCAGGAAAGCUGUGCACGUGUCCUCCUUUAUCGGGGGAUGAACAAGGAAAUCAAAAACUACAGCAAUCAGACUCCGUUCCAGGUGGCGAUUAUUGCUGGCAAUUUUGAGCUGGCCGAAAUUAUAAAGAACCAUAAACCGACGGAUGUGGUGCCGUUCCAAGAGGUGCCCAGCUACUCGCGUCGCCGCUCCUACUUCUUCCCGGCGUCUGGCCCCCAGCCCCAGAGUGGCGGGAUCACUGCCACCAGGCCGAGUUACCAGCAGCAGCAGCUGGCGCUCGGCCGCGCCACAAGCGAGUGCAACCUGGCGGCGCGCUCGCCCCCGGACUGGCUGCUGCGCCACCAGCACUACUUUGGCCAGGGCGUGCCGUCAUCGCAGCCGACCGUCCACAUCUCCUGCCAGCCGACGACCAUCGGCACCGUCCUGCCGGCGCACCACCCGCACGUCACCUUCUCCACCAGCGGGUGCGGGCUGCAGCCUCACUACCUGCCGCACAUGCACAGCGCGCCGCCGGGGCCGUGCGCGGGCGACGGCACGCUGAGGAGCACCAGCAGCUCGUGCGGCUCGCGCAGCCGCUCGCCCUCGUCGCACCGCCCGCGCGAAGCGUCCGCCUCAGGAGCUGGCGCCGGGGUGGGCGGGACCGGCAGCACCGGUGGCAGCAGCGGCCGCUCCCCGACGCUGCAGCGCGGCGUCAGCCUGCGCUCCGCCACCGCUCUCGGCGCUUCUGGCUCCCGCUCGCCCAGCGGCUCCAGCCCCGUGGGCCGCACCGUCUCGGGCCCGGGCUCCGUGGCCGGCGGCGGCGGCGGCGGCGGCGGCGUGGCCUCUGGCUCCAGCCCGGUGGGGAAGUCCGGCGGCGGCGGCGGCGGCGGCGGCGGGCCCAUCAUGGCGGGGUCCGGGACGGCCCAGGGCAACGUCGCGCGGGGCUCGGCGGGCGGCGUGGGGGCCACGUUGGGAGGCACGCGCACCGCCUUCGUGACGGGCUCCGGGGCCAGCACCAGGGCCAGCUCCGGCUCGCUGGCGGGUGCGGGAGCCGGAGGAGGAGGAGGAGGAGGAGGAGGAGCGGGCGGUCAGUUUGGAGACGGCAGCGCCGAAAUGGAGGGGGACCUGCGGAGGCAACAUCGCAAAUUCAAACGCAGCGCCAGCGUCAUGUCCCGCAAGAGCGGCCUCGCCGCGUCGCUGGGAGGCGCGAUCAGCCCGGGCUCCCUGCUGCUGUUGCAGGGGGCUCCCAAGAGGAAGCUCUACAGCGCCGUGCCGGGUCGCGCCUUCAUCGCGGUCAAGUCGUACGCUCCCCUCGGAGACGGAGAGAUCCAGCUGAAUAAAGGCGAGAGGGUCAAAGUGCUGAGCAUCGGUGAGGGAGGCUUCUGGGAGGGGACGGUGAAGGGACGCACCGGCUGGUUCCCCGCCGACUGCGUGGAGGAGAUCCCCAUCCGGCACGAGUCUCUGCAAGACACGCGGGAAGAGAGGGGAAGGCGACUUUUCAGGCACUACACGGUUGGUUCCUACGAAAGCAUAGACCCCAGCGACUACGUGGUGGAGGAGAAGAGCGUGGUGCUGUGCAAGCGGGACAACGAAGGCUUCGGCUUCGUACUGCGCGGUGCUAAAGCGGACACACCCAUCGAAGAAUUCACCCCAACGCCAGCCUUCCCCGCGCUGCAGUACCUGGAGUCUGUGGAUGACAGCGGCGUGGCGGCCAAGGCCGGCCUCAAGACCGGAGACUUCCUCAUGGAGGUGAACGGCGAGAACAUCAUCAAGUGCGGCCACAAGCACGUGGUGGGGCUCAUCCGCCAGGGCGGGAACAGCCUGGUGAUGAAGGUGGUGUCGGUGAGCCGGCGCCCGGACCAGGAGGAUGGCCUGCGCAGAAAAGCUCCCCCACUGCCAAAGAAGUCCCAAAGUGCCACGGUGUCGUUCCGCUCCAAGUCGAUGACGGCCGAGCUGGAGGAAAUUGACCAAGUCUUGCAGCGAUGUUUUUCAUCACCCCUGGAGUGGACAGAGCGGCUGGGAGGAAGAAGAAACAGGGUGGAACAGGUGUUAGUUCACGAGGUCGCGGACUCUGAGCCGCCGAUCGUACCCGCCACGGCACGGGCGCGCCCGCCCAGCCGCCUCUUCCCGCAGGAGUGCCAGGUGCAGUACGGCUUUGACCUGAUGGGUCCUGGGCAGGGCCCGUCGCCACCUCUGGGCCCGCCAGAUCGGCCCUUCAUGCCGCUGCAGAGGCCCAGCGGGGCGUACGCCCACUCGCCCACGGGCAUGACGGCCGACGGACGCUUCUACGGCUCCGCGGUGGACCUCCCCUCCCAGUUCAACCCCUCGCCGCCCCUGCAGCCGCAGUACGGCGACGGCGGCAUGGUCACCCCCUCCUACUCGCCCGUCUUCUACUCCCCGCCGUCGCCCGCGGCGCCGGGCGAGUACCCGCCCAUGCAUUCCCCGCGGCGGCUCUACGAGGCGGCGCAGCUCUCGGCCCUGCGCCGGGAGCUGGAGAUCGAGCCGGGGCUGCUGCACAGCCCGUUCCACGGCGCCCUCCACGGCUCGCUGCCCUCCCUGCACGCGCUGCAGCCGCUGCCGCCCUUCCUGGCGCCCACCGCCUCUGAGCCGCCCUUCAUGUACGGGCCCUCCGCCCCAGCGCAGCCCAAGCCGGCGCGGCCGCCGCUCUUCGCGCAAGACGCCGAAGACCUGCCGGACAUUUUCCUGACGCAGCAGCAGCAGCAGCACGAACAGUCCGUGGGGUAUUUGGAGUCGUCGGCGUCCGCCUACUUUGCGGCGCCACCGGCGCCGGAGAGGCCGCGCAGGAGGAAAACGCCGCUGUUUGGCGGCCAGGAGUCGGCGGAGGCGCAGCAGCAGCAAAUGCAGUACGAGCAGCAGCGGCACUUCGAGGCCCAGCAGAAGCAGCAGCAGCAGCAGCAGCAGCAGAUGCAGCAGCAACAGCAGCAGCAGCAGCAGCAACAGAUGCAGUACGAGCAAAUGCGGCAAAUGGAGCUGAGGCACAAACGUCCCAAGACUCCGACGGAGCACGUCUACGCCAACGUGGGCGCCGGGGCGGCUGGCGCCGUCCUGGCCGUGCCGGGCAGCGGCACCGGCGCCACCGCCACGGCGAGCUCCCGCAAGAAGGCGCACCUCACCAAGCAGACCAAGAUCGAGGGCAGCCCCGACAGGGCUGGGAGUGGCUCGCCGAACCCGCUGCCGACGAUCAUCAUCAAGGAGCCCUCGACGAGCAGCAGUGGCCGAAGCAGCCAGGGCUCCAGCAUGGAGUGCGAGACCCCAGGCCCUGAGCCCAAGGAGAUGGAAAUCCCCGAGGUGACCUUCAGCGGCCUGCAAUCCGAGGCGGGGUCCGCCGCGCUGGGAGAGACCGCACCUCCCUCCGCGUCGUUCCAGGACCCCUUCUCAGCGGCGAUCGCGUUCGCCGUGCACGAGAGGCAGCGGCGCAUCGAGGAGCGCCACCGCUCCACGGGAGACCUCUCGCUGCUGUCGGGCGACCCCUCGCGCCAGCAGCGCCGCCCGCCCAAGCCCAUCCUCAAGCACUCCAAGUCGGUGGACGAAGAGCACCUGGCGAGCAACAUGCAGGCGCGCAUGGCGGCGCCGCCGCCUCCGCCGCCGCUCCCGCAGCACAUGCAGCAGCACAUGCAGCAGCACAUGCAGCAGCAGCAGCAGCAGAUGCAGCAGCACAUGCAGCAGCAGCAGCAGCCAAUGGGCUCGCUCACGUACCUCUUCGGAGCGGCGAACGUCAUCACUGGCCCGCCGGCCACCGGGCUUACGUUCGCACGGCCGGAGCAGAGGCAAGUGUCCAUCGUGGUGCCCGGGCAGACUCACCACCCCCAGCCUCAUCACCCACACCACCACCAACAUCAGCCGCUCCACCACCACCACCACCACCCCACCGCCUUCGAGAGCAGGACGAGGAAGGAGCUGCCGCCCCUUCCGCCGCCCCGGAGUGUGGUGUGGGAGCUGCCUCCGUUGCAGCAGCAACAGCCGCUGAUGCAGCAGGCUGUGAUGCAGCAGCCGCUGAUGCAGCACUCGAUGCAGCAGCCGCUGAUGCAGCACUCGAUGCAACAGUCCAUACAGCAGUCACUGAUGCAGCAGCAGCAGCAGCAGCAGCACGCGCCCAAAUUUAGGAAAGAACCUCCGCCACCGCCGCAGACGGUGGUGGAGCGGAAGAGCGUCAUCAUCAACAUCAUGGACACGUCGCAGCAGAAGUCGGCCGGGCUGCUCAUGGUGCACACCACGAGCGAAGACGGCGGUGGCGGCGUCGGCUCGGAGCUCGGCCACGACGUGGGAGUGGCCCCGGAGAGAGGCGUCGAUCGGCGGAGCAAGAGGGGUGCCUCGUCGCCGAUGGGCUCGAGUGAACUGCGGGCGGGCGGCAGCCCGCUGCAAAUGUGCGUGCCGUCCCCGCCCGCGUCGCCCGGCGUCCCCCAGGAAGGGGAGUUCUCUGCCUUUGCCACCGAGACCAUCCCACCUCCGCUGGAGUUCGCCAAUGGCUUCGCCACUUCCAUGCCUCAGCAGCAGCAGCAGCAGCAAGGUUCCCUGGACACGAGGAGGCAGCAGCAGCAGCAGCAGCAUCAACAUCUUCACCAACUUCAUCAGCAGGGGCACAGAGGCGUGGGGAGCGAGUCGCUGGACUCGGGCCUGGAGGAGAUCGAGUCGUCCCGGAGCGGGGCCAGCGAGCAGCCGGCCGAGACGACGAGCACCGUCUCCACCGUGUCGAGCAUCUCCACGCUGUCGUCCGAAACGGGAGAGCCGCCCGACACGCACACCUCCUUCGCCGAUGGCCAGCCGUGCCUGGUGCCCCAUCACUACGGGCAGCAGCAGCAGCAGCAGCUGCAGCAGCAGCUGCAGCAGCAGCAGCUGCUGCAGCAGCAGCAGCAGGACAAACCGCCCGUCCCUCCCAAACCCAAGCUCCGGCCGCCCGCGCUGCGGAGUUCCGUGGUGACGUUCAGCGAGCCGCUGCACAAGCAGGAGAUGGGCGCCGCCGCCGCCGCGACGACGAUGAUGAUGAUGAUGGCGCCGCCGCCGCCCGUGCCGCCGCCGCCGCCGCCGCCCGUGGCCCCGCGCCCGAAGUCGUCGGUGCAGAGGCUGUGGGAGGCGGAGACGUCGCUGGAGAGGGUCGAGGGUCACAAGGCCGCGCCGCUUGAUGCCAAGACGAGUGUGAUCAGCGAGCUGAGUUCACGGCUGCAGGAGAUGAGCCGGGAGAGGCGAAGAGCCGCAGCCGAGCCGGUGGUCAGGCCCAUCAGCAGCGCAGACAGGGCCCCAAGCAUCACCUUCAACCUCCGACCGCAGCCAGCCGCGCAGGUCGGGAGGGCAACGCCCAGCCCCUCCGGCGGCGACCAAUCGGAAAGCUUCGUGGGGGGACCCCAAGCGGCUGCCACCGCCGGCGGGGCCAUCGCCCCCCCACCCGCUCUCACGCUUCCCCCCAUGCCCGCCGUGCCGUCGCCCCUCAUGCUGGCGCUCUCUCAACCGCCCGGGCUGCCCCCGCCGCCGCCGCUGCCGCCCCCGCUGAAGCCGCGCGCGCCGACCCCGACGCGGGAGGUCAAGUUCUCGAUCUCGCCGCAGCACGCGUCGCCGCCGCUGCUGGGCCGGGCGGCGGCGGCGGCGGCGGCGGCGGCGCGCUCUCCCGGCCCGUCGCCGCCGCCGCCCCAGCUCCUGCAGCAGAUGCAGCAGCCGCUGUCGGCUCCGUCUCUGCUGCAACAGCUGCAGCAGCCCUCCUCCUCCGUGUCGUCGCCGUCGCCCUCCCUGCUGCAGCAAAUGCAGCCGCAGCAGCAACUGUCGCUGGGCAUCCAGCCGUUCUCGCGCAAGCCCAUCGAGCUGUGGAGCAAGUUCGACGUGGCGGACUGGCUGGACAGCCUCAGGUUGGGGGAGCACCGGGACAGCUUCCUGGAGAACGAGAUCGACGGCACGCACCUUCCGUCGCUGCAGAAGGACGACCUUCUGGAGCUGGGGGUCACGCGGGUCGGCCAUCGCAUGAACAUCGAGCGGGCGCUUCGGCAGCUCCUGGAGAGAUAGUGUCACGCCCCCAGAGAUGGUCCCCAAACACGCCCACGGUGAAAUAUGGUCAAACGCCGAAUUGUUGAUGAAUUUUAAGAAAGAAAGAAAGAAAAAUUCACAAACGGUACAACACUUAUUGAAAACUAGUAAUAUAUUUAACAUUAUCCAUUAAAUUAUUACUUCUUUGGAAUGACAGUACUACUGCAUUUCCUCGUGCAAUUAUUUUAGGAAAUUGACAUCUGAUUUUUUUUGUUUUAGAUACUCGAUUGGUGAAGUGGUUGAUUAAGUCGCUUGCCUUUGAUGCAGGUUUGGGAAUGGUAAAAAAAAAGUGUUCUUUGACUUUGCAAGAGGGAUUUGUUUCGUUUGUUUUCCUGCAAUCCACUUGUAAAGAAGUUUUAGGGGAUGAAGAUGGCAUUACGUCACUUUAAUCAACCAGUUCUUUGGUUACUUUUUUUUUAAACGCAGACCGGGGAGAAUUGUUGCUUCAGGAGACUGUGGACCCUGAGCAAAAUGGCUCUGGUCCAGAGCCACUUUGGUUCUUGGAAGCAAACAGAUUUGCGAGUCUGUAUUUGUUUACUUUUUUAACGAUUGCAGUUUACAGUUUAUGUGGAUCCGAAACAACAACAACAACAACAAAGAUACCCCCCACAUUUCUUUUUUAAAGCAAACUGGCAUAUUGGCAGGGAUAGGGUUGAAAUUGUUUUUUUUUAUUUUCAAGACAUACACCAUUUGGACAAGCGCCAAAGAUGUGGAAUUGCUGAUAAUAACAACAAAAAGUUGCAGGAAAAUAACUCGAUUUCUUAGAUUGUACCAGAGGGUACUGUGGUUUGGUGCUGCCAUUCCAUUCUUAAGACAGGAGGCAUUGCCAUUAAUGAGAAAAUAAAAUUUCGGGUAUGUCAUACCUAACAAAAUACAAAACCGAGCUUACGUUGCAGAAAUCCGACUUUUGACCUGAGCCACACGUAAAAAAAAAAACUGCUGCAACCACGGUGCCAAGUUAAAAUAUAAACAUAUAUAUAAAAAAACAAAUCAGCAGCAUGAACAUUUUUUGUAACUGCAAUCAGAUCAAAAAAAUAUUUUCUUACGUAUUCGUUUGGCCUCGUUCGUAUAUAUUUCCCCUCCCAAUAAUCGAGAGUUUUAUUCUGACACGGGAACAAUAAGAGAAAACAAACAAACAACACACACAAUAUGUAAACGAGCGUCCCGACGACGGGACACGAGCCGCAAUUCGCAUUCCGACGUCGAUUGCGAGCGGCGUUAAAGGAUUUGAGACGCGUGGCUCCUUUUCACACCGCGAGAAGCUAUCUCAAGAUUCUGAAGGAUGUGCGGUGUCGCUGUCCAAGGUAGCUCGUUCGAUGGCCACACACACACACAUAAAAGAGACGGGGAGAUAUUUUGAUGGUACAUAGUAACAUAGGUGCUUAUCUUGUGCUAUAUAUGCCUUCUAUAAUACCACAGUGCCCUCCAAUGUUUUUAAUCUAUGACUUCAAAAAUAUAAAAGAAACAGCUGACAGUCCAAAAGAAAAGGUUAUUUUUCUUAAACCUUUUUUGUGUCGCAAGUUUAGAAAGGGGGAAAAACAAAACCACGAUGUUUUCACGUUAAUGUCAAGUGUGUCACGUUGCUCAGUGCUUUUAAAAUUUUACCGACAGAAAAACAACGAAGGGAGAAUUUCGUCGGCGUAACGUUUUUUUCCCGACCCCCCCCCCCCCC